AACUCACUAUGUAAUAGAGUAAGUUGUGAACCUUCCUAAAUGUAGUCUGGUGUGUAAUAGAAUAAGUGACUGUACAUGAACUAACCGGCAUUUCUCGCUUCUGUAAACCUGCUUGCUUAACACAUCCCUCCCCUUCCCCCUUUUUCUUCCCACCACAAGUAAUGGACAAAGCCUUCCCGCCAAAGGACAAAGGAUGCCCAAUCAGAGGACAACAAAUGUCCUUACUUUAAAACCAACUAAUCAGGAUUCAUAAUUUGAAACCUCCCCUGUGCUAUUUGUCUCUGUCUAUAAAAACGCUGUACCAACCCUGAUCAGGGCCUCUUAACGUCACCGGCAACGAGUGCGCGGAGGUCCAGGUUCGAACCUGCAAUAAACGACCCUUGCCGCUUGGCUUUGACUUACGACUCUGGUGGUCUCUUGUGGGAUCCACGACUUCGGGCAUUACAUUUGGAGGUCCCACCGAGAUUUCCCCUGAGCCCACCAGACUUCUGGUCAAUGGGUCGUAUCUGAUUCCGAUCGAUCGGUAAGUAAGCCGGCUCUAACGUUCUUCCUUUUCUCUGAUCUGUGUUUCUUCUCUGGAGAACCGGUUCUGUCUGGAAGCUGGUGUGACCCUGGCGGACGCUCUAUAGGGCACCCAGCCGGGGUCAGUUGGAGACGUCCACUGACACAGGGGGCCUUUCUGGCCCAUCGGGGGGGGCCUUUUUGGCCCAUCAGGACUCUUUUCUGUGGGCCACUCACGCCCAACGCGCUUGCGAGUUAACCACUUUCACUUUCUCUACGGACUUCCAGUUUCUCUGUAUAAAUUAGUCCAGAGUGCUAAGAAACAUCUCUAGGCGCCUGAAAAACCAGUAGGCAUGCCCAUUGUUACCCGUGUUCUGAUGUGAUGUGUGUCUGUGUGUCUGUCUGUUAAAUUGACUGGAAUGAUUGUUGGGAGUCAGGGGCACGCGCCUGACUUACCCUAUGUGUAGUCCCACGGCGUAAGCUACGGGAUUCGAGUGGGCUCUAACCCGAUUUCCGCGGCGAUCCUCAUAUGGCUUAAGGCGGUCAAAAUUUUUGAUCCAAGCAGGGGGUUUAUACCUGCCCGCCUAUGCUAAGAGGCACCUAAGUUCCCGCGAGGGACGCGGACAGGCGAGUACGCGAGUACUUCUGUGUCAGUCUAAAUGUAUUGUCACCCCUGGGCCCUUGUAAUUACCGCCAUCCUAAUCAUAAUUUUCUCUGUGGGGCUGGCCGAAAUGGCACCAGAAAGUCGGAACCUCUGCGAAAGAUUCUUGUUAGUUUUUGUUUUUCUUUCAUGGGUCGGAUGCUUUAUUGGAAUUAAGUGUUUUCUCGGCUAAUCGGAAUUAAUUAUUCCAUCCUUUGUUCCUCUCUCUCCUUCCUCAGCUCCCUGCAGCUUUUCCUCCCGCCCCUUCGCCUUCGCCUGGGCCCAGCCAAGCCGCCGGGAGUCUCACCCUCAGAGGUCGCCUGCACGAACUCCUCCACUGCUAGUUUCAGCCGCUUCAGGGCCCCCUCCGUGCCACCCCCUGGCCAGCGGCACCCCCCCGCAUCCGUGCUGCCUGUGCCCCCUUCCCUUCUCCUCUUCCUCAGAAUCAUAACAUGGGCCAAACGCAGAGCACCCCUCUUUCCCUCCUCGUCACCAACUUCAAGGAUGUAAGAGCUAGAGGACACAGCUUAAGCCUAGACAUUCGCAAAAGAAAGUUGAUCACCUACUGCCGCUCUGAAUGGCCCACCUUUGGGGUCAAUUGGCCUACAGAGGGAAGCUUCUGCCUCCCUGUGGUCCUUAAAGUAAAAUCAAGGAUUUCCCUACCAGGGAAAGAAGGUCACCCAGACCAGAGUCGCUAUAUUCUGGUGUGGCAAGAUUUAGUGGAAAAUCCACCUCCUUGGAUGGCCUCUUUCUUAACAGCAGGGUCAUGCCAAAUCCUAGCGGCUAAACCUAUCAACCCUCUCAAGCCGCUAACUCCAACUGCACCCCCUGUCCUCCCCGACAGCUAAGAUUUACUUUCUCUCGACCCUCCCCCUUACCAGAUUCCCCCCUUUAUUCCACAAGCUGCCCCCAUCCCUGCUCCUGACCCCACUCCCCCUGCGCCGGCAGAGCCUCCCAUAGCCCAGCCGAUGGAAGAACUAGAGAAUCGGGAGGCUCAACCCGCGCUCAUGCCUAAUGGGGGCGAAAUCCAAGGGCCAGCUGGACGCACCCAUAGGCGGGCCCCACAUGAGCCAGGACUCCGCCUUCCUGACUCCACCGUAGCUUUACCCUUACGGGAAAUAGGGCCUCCUGAUGGUACGGGGAACCCCCGACUUCAAUACUGGCCCUUCUCUACCAGUGACCUGUAUAACUGGAAAACCCAGAAUGCCCGAUUUUCUGAUAACCCUAAAGAUUUAAUAGCUCUCUUGGGCAGCGUUAUGUUCACCCAUCAACCCACCUGGGAUGAUUGUCAGCAACUCCUCCGAAUCCUGUUCACCACCGAGGAGCGAGAAAGAAUUCAAUUGGAAGCAAGAAAGCUGGUGCCUGGAGAUGACGGCCAACCCACUGCUAACCUUGAUCUCAUUAAUGCAGCUUUUCCCUUGACCCGACCCCCACAGGAUGGCUGGGACUACAACACGGCAGAAGGUAGGGGACGGCUGCGCAUUUAUCGCCAGACUCUAAUGGCGGGUCUCCGGGCUGCUGCACGCAAGCCCACUAAUUUGGCAAAAGUGUAUUCAGUAAUACAAGGUAAGACAGAGAGCCCUGCCGCUUAUUUAGAAAGAUUAAUGGAAACCUUCAGACAGUAUACCCCCAUGAACCCCGAGGCCCCCGAAAAUCAAGCUGCUGUUGUAAUGGCCUUUGUAAAUCAGGCAGCCACUGAUAUUAAAAAGAAACUCCAGAAACUAGAGGACCUGGAGGGAAAACAGAUUCAGGACUUACUCCGCAUUGCCCAGCGUGUCUAUAAUAAUAGAGAGACUCCAGAGGACGGGCAACUUAAAGCUACCGAAAAAAUGACCAAAGUCCUGGCCGCUGUUGUCCAAAAGCCCCUGGAUAAAGACCAAUGUGCCUAUUGCAAAGAAAAAGGCCAUUGGGCCCGAGAAUGCCCUAAAAAGAAAAAGCCACGUCAUAAUCAAAAACUGUGGCAGCCAAAAACCACACCUGCCCUCGUCACUCAAGAUGCAGAAUAGGGAAGACGGGGUUCGGAUCCCCUCCCCAAACCUAGGGUAACGCUACAAGUGGAGGGGAACCCAGUGCAAUUCCUAGUCGACACAGGGGCACAACAUUCGGUCUUGAUCAGACCCCAUGGAAAAAUUUCUAAAAAAUCUUCCUGGGUCCAAGGGGCUACCGGAAUAAAAAAAUAUCCCUAGACCACCCAGGGGACUGUGGACCUAGGAAAUGGAAAGGUCACCCAUUCCUUCCUAGUCAUCCCUGACAGCCCCUGCCCCUUAUUAGGAAGAGACUUACUCACUAAAAUGGGGGCCCAGAUUCAUUUUACGCCAGGGGGCCCCCAAGUGACUAGCCCUCACAACCAACCCAUGACCAUACUUACUCUAAGAUUAGAAGAUGAAUAUCAACUCCAUCAGGAGCCACCCUCGCAAAGUCAAAACAUAGAGCCCUGGCUCCAGCAGUUUCAGGAAGCAUGGGCUGAAACCGGGGGUAUGGGGUUGGCUAAACAUCGCCCAGCUCUAUUCAUAGAGCUGAAACCGGGGGCAGAUCCAGUUCGGGUCCGACAAUACCCGAUGUCAAUGGAGGCCAGAAAUGGCAUCACGCCACAUAUCCGUCGCCUCCUAGACUUAGGCAUCUUGCGUCCCUGCCAUUCAGCCUGGAACACCCCCCUGCUGCCUGUACGAAAACCUAACAGUGCGGACUACCGUCCAGUACAAGAUCUAAGAGAAGUUAACCGCCGAGUCAUGGACAUACACCCAACAGUACCCAACCCCUAUACCCUCCUAAGUGCCCUCAGCCCAGAAAGACAAUGGUAUACUGUCCUUGAUUUAAAAGAUGCUUUUUUCAGCCUGCCUCGCCCCCAAAGCCAAGAGCUCUUCGCCUUCGAGUGGUCCGACCCUGAGAGGGGCAUAAAUGGACAACUCACCUGGACCCGGCUCCCCCAAGGAUUUAAAAACUCACCCACCUUAUUCGAUGAGGCACUUCACGAGGAUCUGGGUGAGUACCGGAAUCAAAACCCCGAAGUGACUCUCUUGCAGUACGUCGACGAUCUUUUAAUCGCCGCUGAAACUGCCGAAGCUUGCUUGCAAGGCACCAGGAACCUUCUCCGGACACUUGGUGCCCUGGGGUACAGGGCUUCAGCAAAGAAGGCCCAAAUUUGCAGGUCCGAGGUAACCUACUUGGGGUAUCUGUUAAGAGAAGGCCAGCGGUGGCUCACUGAUGCACAGAAGGAAACCGUCCUCCACAUCCCCCGACCCACAACGCGAAGGCAGGUGAGAGAAUUCCUGGGAUCGGCCGGGUUCUGCCGCUUGUGAAUACCUCGGUUCGCCGAGAUGGCUAAGCCUCUUUACCUGGUCACCCGAGAACAGGCGCCCUUUGAGUGGACCGAGGAAACUGAGCAGGCUUUCCAACAAAUUAAACUCGCCCUGUUGUCGGCGCCAGCCUUAGGGCUCCCCGAUGUCUCCAAACCCUUCCAUCUCUUCGUAGAUGAAAACAAGGGGGUAGCCAAAGCAGUACUGACGCAACUCCUUGGCCCAUGGCCCAGGCCCAUUGCCUAUCUUUCAAAAAGACUAGACCCAGUAGUGGCUGGCUGGCCCCCUUGCCUCCGUAUGAUCGCUGCUACAGCUCUAAUGGUAAAGGAUGCUGAUAAGUUAACUAUGGGACAAGAGUUACAUGUUACAACCCCUCAUGCCAUCGAGAGAGUCCUCAAACAACCUCCUGACCGAUGGAUAAGUAACGCCCGACUGGUUCACUACCAGGGACUAUUAUUAAACCCCCUCAGAAUCAUUUAUGCUCCCCCCCGAACACUAAACCCUGCCUCCCUGCUACCAGACCCAGACUUAGAUACCCCUCUCCAUGACUAUGCUGAGAUAUUGGCACAGGUUCAUGGAGUUCGGGAAGAUUUACAGGAUCACCCUCUACCAGACGCCGAGGUUACCUGGUUCACUGACGGCAGUAGCUUUGUACAUCAGGGUCAAAGGUACACAGGGGCAGCAGUCACAACUGAAACUGAGACUGUUUGGGCAGAGCGUUUGCCAGCUGGCACCUCUGCCCAACGGGCUGAACUUGUGGCCUUAACCAAGGCACUGACUCUGGGAAAAGACAAGAGACUAAACGUGUAUACCGAUAGCAGAUAUGCUUUUGCUACGGCCCACAUAUAUGGAGCUAUAUAUAGAGAGAGGGGACUGUUAACUGCAGAGGGGAAAACUAUCAAAAACAAAGAAGAAAUAUUGGCUCUUUUAAAGGCUCUCUGGCUGCCUAAACGACUAGCCAUCAUACAUUGCCCAGGCCACCAAAAACCGAUCACACUGGUGGCCAUAGGAAAUAAUUUGGCUGACCAGGUGGCUCGAGAGGCAGCCUUACAGGUGGACUGUGCUUUAAUGACCACCCUACCAGACCCCGGUUCAGCUAGUUUACCAGAAAAUCCCACCUACACUAAAGAAGACCUAAACUGGAUCCAAAAAUUACCUUUAACUCAGUGCCUUAACGGAUGGUGGAGAGCAGCAGACUGUAGCAUAAUUCUCCCAGAAGAAAUGGGAAAUAAAGUCUUAUCCAAGAUGCACCGAGCCACUCAUAUGGGCACCAGAAAAAUGCAGGACUUAAUAAGACAUGCUAGGAUCACCAUUAGAGACUCCAGGACAGAAAUUGAACAGAUAGUUGCUAGCUGUAAAGCUUGCCAACUAACUAACGCUACCAACCACGGGAAAAACCCUGGCUCCAGGACCCGCGGAACCAGGCCGGGAGCCUAUUGGGAAGUAGACUUCACCGAGGUAAAGCCUGGAAAAUAUGGAUAUAAAUAUUUAUUAGUGUUUAUAGAUACCUUUUCAGGAUGGACAGAGGCCCUCCCCACCAAGCAUGAGACUGCGCAGGUAGUGGCAAAGAAAAUGUUGGAAGACAUCAUGCCCAGGUACGGAUUCCCUACCCUAAUAGGAUCAGACAACGGACCAGCAUUCAUUUCAAAGGUAAUACAAGGGAUAGCUCAGUUUAUUGGGGCUGAUUGGAAACUACAUUGUGCAUAUAGACCCCAAAGCUCAGAACAGGUAGAAAGAAUGAAUAGAACUCUAAAAGAGACCUUAACUAAAUUGACCAUGGAGACUGGCGCUAAUUGGGUAGUCUUACUCCCCUACGCUCUGUUCGGGGUGCGGAACUCCCCUUACAAACUGGGAUUAACCCCCUUUGAAAUCAUGUAUGGAGUCCCCUCCCCCCCCCCCAUAAUUCCCAACCUACAGUCUAAUGUGUUAACUGAAUUUGAUGAUCAUAAACUUCUUAUUUCCCUGAGGGAACUCCAGCACACCCACCAGGAAGUUUGGCCCAGACUGAGAGCCAUUUAUGAGACCGCCCCCCCCACCCAGCCCCAUCACUACCGACCCAGAGACUGGGUAUACGUGCGGAGACAUAAGCAAGAGACCCUCCAGCCACGGUGGAAGGGACCCUACAUUGUGAUCCUGACUAUGCCCACCGCUCUCAAGGUCGACGGGAUUGCUACCUGGAUCCAUUACACCCACGCCCGACCAGCUGAUCCCUUUGCAGUUCGAGAAGACUUCGUGCCAGAAGCCAACACAGCCUGGACAGUUGACCAGAGUAAGACCCAUCCUUUAAAAUUAACUCUGCACCAAAGACCCAUACCAGCUCCUGACCCAUAAUGACCAAAAAAAGAACACUCAUCAGCAUACUCCUACUCACUUUCUACGGACUGAUAAGUAUUGCGGGCAACCCUCAUAUCCCCUAUACCUUAACGUGGGAAAUUAUUAAUUUAGAAACUCAUGAAGUCUAUAAUACCACCACUAAAUCAGAUACUCCCUUAAAUUCUUGGUGGCCCGACCUAUAUUCAACCUAGAAGAUGUAGCUGUCUCCAUGGGAUUACUCCCUCAUCCCUCUGACCUUAUCCUUACCCCAGGGAAAUGCCAACGCCGAGCCCCUGCACGCGUAUAUGGGUAUAGACCUGGGGAACGAGAAAGUCUAAGCCAGAGGGGAUUUUAUGCAUGACCAGGGUUCGGACUGAACGCUCACACCACAUGUGGAGGAAUUUUAAGCUACUACUCUAAGUCCUGGAGUUGUGUCACUACCAAUGAUGGAAGCUGGAAAUGGAACGUAAAACCCCAUUAUAUUGACAUGAAAUUUGCUAGCCCCUGCCCCAAGCACAAGCUAUCCAGAACCUCUACCUGUAACCUUGUCCGCAUUAAAUUUCUAGAAGAUGGAAAAAAAGAUACCAGAUGGACCUCUGGACUUAGUUGGGGAAUCUAUUUAUAUCGGGGGCCACCCUACUAUGCAACUGUUAUUCAGAUAAAACUAAAGGCAGAACCCAAGACUCUACCAACCCUAGUAGGGCCAAACCAAUCAGUAGGGCCCCCGAAUAAGCCCGAUCCUACCCAACGGCCCACAGAUAAGAGCACUAAUCCUCCCAAUUCUCCGUCCACUCAAGCAGUCCUUAUAGUCAGGACUACUUCAAAAAAAAAAACCCUCCCACACUCCCUCCCACAACCCCUCCAUUAACCCUGGGGGCCCGUCAAAAAUUCAAACCCCAUUUAGAAAUGACCCCUUAUGGACAAUGAUAAAUUCCACUUAUCAGGCCUUAAACCAUACUAACCCUAAGGAGACAGAAGCUUGUUGGCUAUGCUAUUCUAUACAACCUCCAUUUUACGAGUCAGUAGCAAUAGUAGGAAACUAUAGCACCGCAAACAACUCAGACUCUUGCAAUUGGGGACAGAGAAGACCCGGCCUCACACUACAAGUACUUACAGGAAAUGGGACAUGUAUAGGAACAGUGCCAACAAAAUAUAGCCACUUAUGCAUAAAUAACAGAAAUAUAUUCAAUACUUCAGAAAAUUGGAUUAUUCCACCAGAUAACUCAUGGUGGCUUUGUUCUCAUGCGGGAUUAACUCCUUGCCUCUAUAAAGAUAUGUUCACACAAUCAGUCAGAAUUCUGUAUAAUGGUAAUUGUGUUCCCAAAAAUCAUAUACCACACAACUGAGUAUGUAGACCAGACGUGGAUAGCACCCAAAAGAGUAACUAAGAGAGACCUCAUCACUGCAGGGGCUCUAACUCUAGACACUAUAUUUGGACUCGGGGCCAUCGGAACAAGGACAGGGAUCUCAGCCUUAACAAUACAAAACAAGGGAUUUAGUAUACUUAGAGAAGCAGUUGAUAAAGAUAUAGAAAGAAUAGAGAUUGCCAUCACUUCGCUUGAAAAGUCCCUAACCUCCCUCUCGGAAGUAGUUUUACAAAACAGGAGAGGAUUAGACCUGCUGUUCUACAGCAAGGUGGUCUCUGCGGCACUAGGAGAAGAGUGUUGCUUCUAUGCUGACCACACAGGAAUAGUAAGAGAUUCUAUGGCCAAGGUCCGAGAAGGGCUAGCCAAACGAAAAAGAGAAAGAGAACAGGAGGCAGGGUGGUUUGAAUCCUGGUUCAAUGCGUCCCCAUGGUUAACUACCCUGCUCUCCUCUUUACUCAGGCCUCUGGCCAUCCUGCUUCUCACUCUCACGUUAGGCCCCUGCAUCAUAAACAAAAUUAUUAAUUUUGUCCAAGACAGGUUCAAUGCUAUACAAUUAAUGGUCUUACGAACUCAGUACCAACCUCUCGAGACAUUACAAAUAGAAAACUAAAGAUCCAAGAUUGGCUCUUUAGGCACAAGAAAAAGGGGGAAUGAAAAGAACAGCCCUGCCUUAGUUUAAAGCUAAGUUCUCUUUUCUGCUUAUUAUGGAUCUUUGAUAAGAAAUACAAUUGCUGAGAAGUCUGUUUUGCUUGCUGUUUGCUACGAGCAUUGUGAAACCUUUCCUGAAUGUAACUCACUAUGUAAUAGAGUAAGUUGUGAACCUUCCUAAAUGUAGUCUGGUGUGUAAUAGAAUAAGUGACUGUACAUGAA